AUGACCCCCCCAUCAACCCUACCCCCCCAACAGGCUGCAACGUCACCCGGGCCGCCUACCUCGUCCGCCACGCCGCCAUCUACGCCAACGACUUCGACUACGAGACUGGACACACACCGACUCCCUCUCCUUCCUAACCAACUGGACCGCCCCAUCACCGACGAUCACCUAGAGAAACUCACCCUCGUCGGUCUCCAAGAAGCAACAACCCUAGGAUAUCAAUUCCGCCAACGAUAUCCCCAUCUCCACACCAACAAAAUAUGGUCCUCGACCGCCGAACGAACCACCAAAUCCGCCCAGGGCUUCAUCUCCGGCUACACCAACAACCAGACCCACAUGGACCUGAUCAGCGUCCCAGAGAUUCCAGCUACGGCAGUUCCUACGAAAAUACCUUCACAAAAACCUACACCCCCCCUAAUCACCCGCCUCAACCACCUCGCCCCAACCUUCAACUUCACCUCCUCCGACAUAACCGCCAUGUUCGAGCUCUGCGGCUACGAGACCGUCAUCCGCGGCUCCUCCCCCUUCUGCUCCCCCCACCUCUUCACCCCCACCGAAUGGCUCUCCUUCGAAUACGCCAACGACCUCAUGUACUUCCAUAACACGGGGUACGGCCGCCCGCUAUCCCCAGUUCUAGGCUUCCCGUGGGUAAACGCCAGCUACUCACUCCUCGCCUCGAAUACCUCGGACCAAGACAUCUACGUGUCGUUCACGCAUCGCGAGGUUCCCCCUACGGUGGUCACAGCGUUAGGGCUAUUCAAUAAUAGUGCUUAUUCGGGGCGGAUAACGUUAAUGAGAGUAUGCCCGUGGGGGAGGUGAAUUAUGACCGGGCGUGGAAAAGUAGUCACAUUUUGCCUUUUCUGGGCAAUGUGGGGAUGGAGAG